UUAAUUAGGGCUUUUGUUAGUUCUGAAGUGCAGGGGGAGUGGACGGGGGGAGUAGCAGGGCGAGAAAUGGGAAGCGAGACGACGAAGAGCGGGAAUGGAGGAAAGGGAGGAGGGUUUAGAGGAAGAAUGGAGCAUUUCCUGUACAGUGGGGAUAAGAAACACGUCUGGGCCGGCAUCGCCAUCAUCAGCGCCAUCUUUGCUGUCCCCUGGUACCUCAUGAACCGAGGUUGUUGGAAGCAAAGAGGUAUCUGGAAGCAAUCGUUUGAAAGGCAUCUAAGAGUUAAGGAACAAAACACCAAUCCCAUCAAGAUUACUUGGAAAGAGCUGACAAAGCGCGGAGUGAAAGACUUUCUUCUGUUUCGUCUUCAGCCAAAUGAUCGAUGGAAGAUCUUUAUGUAGGGUUGGUUUUAGUACAUUACUACUCAACAAGAAUAUGUGAAUUUUCCAAAUUCAAUAUCUCUCUUUUUUUAUUUUUUCACUUCCUUUUAUUUAUAUUUGUGUUUGAUGCUUCUCUUUAUCCAUAAGAAGUAGUUGCUGCAAGUCCCAUUGGGAGCAAACUUACGUUUUUUGCCUUGUAACUUGAGAUAAAACAUAUUGAGUGGAAGCAUAUGGUGCUGAGAAUUUUCUUCCAGUUUCCCCUGCAAUUGAAAUCCCAUUCUUUGAUAA